CGGGUAGAGGCCCACAGCAUGUCCUCCAAAGUUUACUCCACAGGGUCUGCCAUCUUAGCCUCUCCUCCCUCUGUAGGCUCCAGAGCCAAGGACCACCAGCCCUCGGGUGUGGAGUGUCUGCCACUCCCAGAGGCCAAUGCUGAAGCCAUCGACUUCCUCAGCUCCCUCCAUGAGGAGGAGCUACAGAUGCUGUUCUUCUCUGAGACGCUGGCCAUGGUCUCAGACACCGGGGAGCCUCAGGGAGAGCUGACCAUUGACGUGCAGAGAGGGAGAUACCGGGAAAAGCUCGGCGUGCUGACAUACUGCCUUUUCGUGCAUGCCUUUAGCAGAGGCUUCUUGGACAAAAUGCUCUGCGGAAAUUCCCUCCUGGGCUAUCUCUCAGAGAAGCUGGAGCUCAUGGAACAGCACAGCCAAGACUUCAUCAAGUUCCUCAUCCUCCCCAUGGAACGGAAGACAAGUUUGCUGAAGCAGGAUGAUCAGCUGGCUGUGACCAGAAGCAUCAAGGAGGGUGAGGAAGUGAAGACUGGAGUGACUUCUUUCCCGUGGAGCUCAAUCAAGGGCUUCGUCUCAGAGGCUGCCAACCUGGUGCUGCUCAGGGUGAUGGCCUGGCGGAGGAUGGUGCCCAGCAACGCCCGCUUCCUGGCCUUGGACACGGAGGGCAAACUCUGCUAUUUGACCUAUCAAGACCUGGGCUUCCAGACCAUCCAGGUAGACCAUCAGCAAGCCAAAGUCUUCAUCGUGGAGCAGACUGUCCACUCAGAGGAGGGCAUCCCCAUGUCCUGCCAGUACUACCUGCUCUCCGAUGGGCACCUGGCCAAGAGAAUACAGGUGGGCUCCCCAGGAUGCUGCAUCAUCACCAAGAUGCCCAUCUUGAGGGAAGAGGAUGAGAUUGAGCCACGCCCAGUGUUUGAGAAGAAGCCCCCGGUGUGGGAGGAGGAUAUGGAGCUCUAUUCGAAGUUCCUGGACCGUAAGGAGGAGCUCCGGCUCGGCCACGCCAGCUAUCUACGGCAGCACCCCGAAGCCCACGCGCUCAUCUCCGACUUCCUGCUCUUCCUGCUGCUGCGCCAGCCGGAGGACGUGGUCACCUUCGCCGCCGAGUUCUUCGGCCCCUUCGACCCGCGGCGUCCGUCGUCACCGGCCUUGGGCUCCUCCCACCGGCCCAACCCUUUCCGCUCCCUGGAGCCGGAGGGAGACGCCCGCUCGGGGGCGGGCUAGGCUGGGCCCAGGCCGGGACAGGGCGGGAAACCAGAAGUCGGGCUGGGACGCGGGCGGGACGCGCCGGGGCGGGGGCGCUUUCCGGGCUCUGGUUUUGGGGGAAUAAACGGGGCCCUCCCGCGGCUCUG